AUGUACUUCCACAGCAAGUCAGCGAAGUCUGAUGAUAGAAAGGCCAAACAUGUUCGGCAUAAUAGCAGCUGGUUAGAAGAGCCAUCAGAUUUACGGUUCAUGGAUGAGCCACUUCCCAUGUCCUCAACAUUGAUCCAAUCGUCGGCUCACCGUUCAAAUGAGACAUCUAUGAUGACGUCAAUGUCUUUCGCGACUUUGCAAAUACCAACAUGCAAUCCUAGAGAAGGGGAGGAUGAGAUAGACAAAAAGUCCUUUGAACGUUGGAAGGACCUUUUUGAAGCUGCAAUGGAGUUUGCGGGAAUUUGUGAAGAGCCAAUGAAAAUGAACGCAUUCAAGAUGAAGGCUGGAAACAAAUUGAUUGACAUGUUAGAAGGAUUAUCCAAUAACGACACUGCUCCGGACCCAAAUCAUGCUCCAUAUUCAAACGCAAUAGAGCGCCUGGGACAAGUUUAUAGUUGCAGAGACUAUGUUUUUCUACAAAAACAAAGGUUGCGGUCGAUGACUCAAAACCCCAACGAGUCAGAUUCCAACUAUGUGAAACGGGUGGUGGAAUUCGAGAAAUUGUGUGGACUGGGAGGAGCACAAAUGAUCGAAGCAGUCGUUGAUGUUUUGCAAACCCAUGCAAUAAACUCUCAAGUUCGUAUUGCCGGAAGAAAAAUUCUUCGGAAGAAUGGAUCAAUUGCGGACUUACUUGAUAGAGUACGCACUUGCGAAAUGGUCAUGAUGAAUGAAAGGCUUUUUGCAAAGAAUCAUCCGGGUCCUUCCACGAUGGGUUCAGUAGCUGCGGUGUCAUAUGGAUUCCAUUCAAAGACAGAGACGAAGCCGAGGCGGAUGACUGGGCGUGAAUCAACAAGAAAUUGGAACGUUACUUCAGCGAGUUAUCAUCAGAGGUAUUGGGGACCGCAACAAAACCGAAGCAUGUUCAAGGGCAAAUUUUCACGACUCGGAAACGAAACAAAUUCAACAAGGGUAGAGCGUCAACAAUGCUGGAGAUGUACCAGUAAUUUCCAUCGCCCGGAAAACUGUCGCGCUUUGGAUAAAAGGUGCCACAAAUGUAAUAUAAAGGGACACAUUGAGCGUGCGUGCAAAUCAAACACCAACAUUAAUGUUAAACGUCGUUCAGAGGAGGAGGUCGGAAUGAAUCAAGCCAACAAGUUCAGAAAAAUCGCAGCAGUUACGGAGUCUGGCAUCGACGAAGACCCUAACCUAGACAGCAAACGUGUAAGUGAUCACUCCUCAUCAUAAUCUGCGUAAAUUUAGAAGAAUAUCGGUCGCUCACUAUUUAAAUGAUCAUAUAAUAUUCUCUUGGUCGUGGGACAAACAUUCUUGUUAGCAAAUUAAUCUUUUGAAAUUUUUGAAUUUGGAAUGUAUAACGUUGAGGGUUUACUUGUUAAAAGAAAAUAUGUGGAUCUAAAAUAUCAGAAAAUAACAAUAUACCAAUUGAAACCAUCAUCAUCUUGUAGUGAAUGAAAUUUUACUUGGCUCUUGUUAACAAAUUAAUCUUUUGAAAUUUUUGAAUUUUUUAAUGUAUAACGUUGAGGGUGUACUCGUUAAAAGAAAUAUGUGAAUCUAAAAUAUCAGAGAAUAACAAUAUACCAAUUGAAACCAUCAUCUUGUAGUGAAUGAAAUUCUACUUGGUUCACAAGACUCAGUUCGUAAUAUAUUUGACGGACAGCAAUGAUAUUUAAUUAUUUUUAGGUCAAAUUUCCGACGGAGGAUAAACAUGACGCUGUCGAUUACGGAAUGCUAACCCCAGACAUCAAGUUGUACUCUUUAGACCAAGAAACAUUUAACGAAGGGUUGAUAACAGGCCUUGUAGCUGGUGUGCCAGUACAAUUCCUUAUAGAUUCAGGAGCGGAAGUAAAUACGGUCGAUGAGAGCACUUUUAACCAAUUGCUGGUUAACGGCCCAACUGUUAGCCCGAUUUACAGUGUUGUAAACGGAACCGACCGACCAUUAACAGCAUAUGGAAUGAUUGACGAUAUACCAGUGACGGCUACAUUUAUAGCAGAGCUUUUCAUUUCCAAAGAUCGGCCAACAACUAUGGAAAAAUUUGACGUCGUACGUCGGGCCCAAGCUCUAUUGAGCAGGAGCACAUCAACCAGAUAUAGCGUGCUUCAAAUGGGAGUGAACACACCAAUAAGGGAUCAUGUAACGAAUUAUUUACCACGUUUACAACCAGGGAAGAUCUUUACGUUGUCGGAACAGGGUGAAUUUCCCAAAUUUAGGGUUGACCCAGUAAUACUCAACUAUGACAAAAAUUUGCCACCUUCACGCAAUGUAUUUACAAGUAUUCCUCCAGCGUUUAGAGCAGAAACAGAAAAGAGGUUGGAGGAUCUGCUUGCUGCAGGAAUUAUUGAGCGAGUAACAGAUUCCAUGCAAAGGUCUUUUUGUUCGUCUCUUCUUGUCGUUCCUAAAGGAAAAAACGACAUAAGACUCGUUGUAGAUCUUGUUAGCAGAAUCGCAAUGAAGUAACGCAGCACACUUGAAGGGUAGAGUUCAGAACGCAGAGAGAGAUUUUAUUCAACAUAGCAACUUACUUUAUACCCUACCUCCUGUCACUUAACAUUAUAUUCUUGCCAGGUUGCAUCACGCCUGACAGUGGUAAACCAUUUGUGGUAGGUUCGGCCGCGCUUCACCGUUUCGGUGAGUCAAUGCGCGGAGCACAGUGAAAGGGUGUGGGACGAGGAAGGGGAUCGUACGGAACGCGACACCAAAAUGUAUACACAUUUGUCGCGUAUCGGUUACGUCAACCUGUUCAUACUUACGCUAAGUUCGAAAAGAAGCACUUGCUUACGUCGGCGGAAUCGCGGACUGGAUCGACCUUGUGCGUCGAGUUGAUGACCGAGGCGGAAUCGGACACCGUGGGAGAAGUUGGGUGGAACUAGUGCAAACGUGCACUUUAUUUCGAUGAGGGUAAUGCUGAUCGGUCAACUGACUGAACAGCUGAUAACCAAAAGUGAUUAUCUAAUCGGGCAGAGCCUUCGGCGGAAUCUGCAAAUUGGUGAGAUGCACCAGAACACGAGUGAUCUACGUGUCUAUGGAAGGUGAACUGACUUCGCCAUCAAUUCGAGCUUUAUUUAUAAGAAAGAUGGUGUGAAAGUUGUGACACAUUUGGCAACCAGAUGUUUGUCAAAUGUGAGCUUUCGUUUGGUUUUCCGGGUUUGGGUUUUUUUUACAGGUGUUUCUUAAAUUAUACCUAGCGUGCCUGUGUUUUAUCAACUAUCCGUGCAUUGUGGAUGUAGCGAACGUUUUCCUGUUUAUGCCUGAGUUUUAUGGAAGUUUAAUU